UCCCUGGGCAUGCCAUUAUCAGGAGGGUUCUCAGCAGGUCCUAGUUUACAGGUUCCUGUACAGACAAUGUUCACCCAACCUCCGUCGCAGGUUGCAGUAAACGUGCAACCUGCUGUCUCGCAGCCUGUACAGUCACAGGGCACACAGCCCCUGCAGUUAGUGCAGCAGCCUGCACCACUGGGUCCACAUCCCGAAGUGAUGCAGGGACCGGGGCAAAGUCAAUGGGUACCAAGGACGGCCAUCGCCGCUCCUAAACCCUUCACAGGGGAUAAGAGGGACGAAGACCUCGACACUUGGUUGAGGGCAGUGUCGGUCUAUGUCAAGUGUAAACUUACCUUGCCGCACGAGGAAGUGUUUGUGGCUGCAUCCUAUUUAGAGGGGAGUGCAGCACGAUGGUUGAGUGGUUUAGUGCAACUACAGGGGUACCGUCAUGACUUUCACGCUUGGGCGGUCACCCAAAAACUGGAUGACUUUCUCAAGUUGGUGGAAGACAGGUGGCACGAUCCUCAGGAGGCCCAAAAGGCCACUGAUGCGAUCUUGACACUGCACACGAGGCAGUUCAAGUCAGUAAGGGAGGCCACUGACGCUGUAGAGCGUCUGAUCUGUGUCCCUGGGGUUCGCUAUGACCCCCAGGUCUUACUCACCUCCUACUUGAGAUGCUUUCCCAUGCCCCUCAGGAAUCAGUUGGCGGGUGAGGCCAACAUUAACAUGCACAACUUUCCCUCGUUCAGUACAAAGGCCCUAGACCUUGAGGCAAAGAUAGGGCAUGGACAUAAUCCCACGACGGAUGGUAGGAAGAAGACAAGGCCUCACAACUGGAAGGCGAAGGGACGUAUUAUGUUCGUCGACAAUGAUGGUUCUACCAUCAAGUUGGACGACGAGUUCCAGGCGGGAGUAGGUUCAGAGGCUGGCAGCGUAGAAGCUUCAGGGGGUGGAGUAGUCGCUGUCGUAGCUCAAAAAGGGGUUGUUGAGAGGGAGGUCGUCCACGCGAUAGAGAUUAUCCCAAGGUCUAGCAUCCCGAAGGGUAGGAUCUAUCGGAUGUCUCCAAGCGAGCUUGACGAGCUUCGCCGGCAACUCAAGGAACUCGUAGAAAAGGGUUGGAUCCGGCCGAGUGUUUCUCCUUAUGGUUCACCAGUCCUAUUCGUACCAAAGAAGAAGGAAGGAACACUUAGGAUGUGCAUUGACUAUACGGGCCUCCAUACCAUCACUGUCAAAAACAGCGAGCCCCUACCGCGCAUCGACGACUUGCUAGAUAGAGUGCAAGGGUGUCGGUACUUCAGUAAGAUAGAUUUGAAGUCCGGGUACCAUCAGAUUGUAAUCCGGCCCGAGGAUCAACACAAAACCGCUUUUCAGACCAGGUACGGUCUGUACGAGUUUGUGGUGAUGCCUUUCAGCCUUUGCAAUGCUCCUGGCACCUUUCAUCACGCUAUGAAUCGGAUAUUUCAUGACUACUUGGAUAAGUUUGUCAUCGUGUACCUCGAUGACAUACUUAUUUUUAGUAAGACUGUCGAGGAGCACGUUGCGCACUUGGACAAACUCCUAAGUCUUCUGCAACAUCACAACUUCAAGAUCAACGGUGAGAAGUGCGAGUUUGGCCGCACCCAUGUGUUGUACUUGGGUCAUGAGAUUUUUGCGGAGGGAUUAAAGCCUGAUGACACGAAGGUGGCCAGCAUUCGUGACUGGCCGCGUCCUCAGUCUAUGACUGAGAUGAGGUCUUUCUUAGGGAUGACCGGCCACUAUCGCAAUUUCGUGAAGAACUAUAGCAUAGUUGCCGCCCGUUUGACUGACCUGACUCGCCUUGACACCCCAUGGGAGUGGACAGACAGAUGCGAGGCUGCGUUCAGACAUCUGAAGCAUGCGUUGACGCAUCAUGAGGUCUUGAAACUUCCUGAUCCUGACAAGCCAUUUGUAGUAACUACGGAUGCUAGCCAAUAUGGCAUAAGGGUCGUACUUGCGCAGCAGGAGGGGAAGAAGUUGAGGCCAGCAGAGUACAUGUCCAAAAAGAUGCCCUCUCAGAAGUUGGCUAAAUCCACCUAUGAGAAGGAACUCUAUGUGAUCUACAAAGCGCUCACCCAUUGGAGACACUAUCUCCUUGGGAGGUUCUUCUACGUCAGGACUGAUCACCAGACCCUGAAGUGGAUGAGAACCCAGCCUAUGCUCUCUGGCGCUUUGAAGCGUUGGAUUGAAGUCAUAGAGGAGUAUGACUUUGAGCCCCAGUACAUCAAGGGCGAGUACAACAAGGUUGCUGAUGCGCUGUCGCGUAGACCAGAUUUCUCUGGUGCGCUGAUCACUGAAUUUGGGCUUGCGGACGAUGUUACUCAGUCUAUGGUGGAAGCCUAUCGCGAGGACCGGUUUAUGUCAGAGAUCAUACGCAGACUUGAGGCGAAGGACAAGGUGACUUCUGCUGAGUUUGAGUUGGUCAACGGACUGCUGCCUGGAGAGAGCCUGUCCAUGGACUGCAUGGAUACGCUGGUCACCAACAAGAGUGGAAUGAGACACAUCUUUGUUAUCGUGGAUAGGUUUAGUAAGUACGCUAGGUUAAUUGCAAUGCCGGAGACAGCGAAGACUGAGCAGGUGAUUAAGCUGUUUAAAGAGAACUGGGUUAGAGAUUUUGGAUUGCCAAAAUCUAUAGUCAGUGACCGUGAUGUGCGAUUCACAAGUGAACUGUGGAAAGCCGCAGCCGCAGAACAAGGAACGCAGCUGCAGAUGACAUCAGGAAACCAUCCCAAGGCGAAUGGUCAAGCAGAACAGUUGAACCGCGCUGUACAGCACCUGCUGAGGCAUUACAUCAAGCCGAAUCAGGUAGACUGGGAUGAGAAACUUGCUCUCAUUGCCAGCCUGUACAACAACGGAGUUCAUAGCACAACGGGCCUGACCCCGAAUAGUCUGCUAUUAACCUUUAAGCCUAGACUGCCCCUAGAUUUCUUACUACCUGACAACCAGCCCCCUGCUGCACCAAGGACUUCAGAGUUUGCUUAUCGAUAUGAGCAACUGAUGCAGCAGGCUGUUGAGCAAAUGCACAAAGCACAGGCGGCAAUGAUAGAGUCUGAGAACAAACACCGCCGCCCAUCCACGUUUCAGGUAGGAGAGAGAGUCUGGGUCAAGUCUUCAGAACUGGGACAAGAGCAUGGGAUCUCCCGCAAGCUCAUGCCACAAUACUUUGGACGAUGGGAGAUUCUGGAUGUUUUGGGGAAUGAACCAGAUGGGCCAUCUUAUGUUGUUUGCAUCCCUGGUCGCUUACGCACUUACCCUGUUUUUCACGCUUCAAAGCUUGCACCUUUUAAAGAAACAGAUCAGUUCCCAUCUCGUCGCUCAAUGCUACCCCCAACCAUGGAUGGAAAGGUCGACAUCGAUGAUAUUGUUGACCACCGGGAGAUGCCAGUUCCAAGACUAACAGGCAGAGGACGUCCUCCGAAACCGAAGCUGCAGUAUCGAGUUCGGUUCAGACAUCACACUGAUCCAAAGGAGGACAGAUGGUUCACAAGGGAGGAACUGAUGCAGACCGCUCCACAAGUAGUCGCCCACUAUGAGAAGUCCUUAUGAAAAGGAAAGCGCCAGAUUAUCAAAGACUGAACGUCUCAGAGGACUAGCGAAGUAUGGAGGAGGGAAUGCGAGGCACAAGGCCUCGAUAAC